AUGCCUUAUCGUUUUGAGCUCGCUCCAAGUGGUCGUGCUGGUUGUACGAACAAGGAGUGUAAAGAUGCCAAGGAAAAGAUUCCCAAGGGGAGUCUCCGUGUAGGCUCCUGGGUCGACACCGACAGAAUGCAGAGCUACUUCUGGCGCCACUGGCAAUCAUACGGUGGAAACCUAAUUAUUCUCAGGGGCUGCACCACUCCUCGUGUUCUCGAAAACAUCCGGACGGGGUGGGAGGACAGCUGUUCCGACGGCAAAUCUGACUACACUCUGUUGGAUGGCUACGACGAGCUUCCAGAGGAGUUUCAGGAGAAAAUCCGCCGCGCCCUUGAGAAUGGCCACAUUGAUGAUGCAGAUUGGAGGGGACAGCAACUAACAUGCUCCGAGGACAAGGACGCUGGAAGCCCCUCCAAGGCUACUGAAGGCCCUUCUAAGUCUGAGGAUACACCUACCGACCCCAAGAAUGAUGCCGAGGAGACCAAGCCGAAAAAUUCUCGUGCCAGCAGGAAAAAGGCUCCUGUCACCACUGAAGCUAAGGUUGAGGAUGUCGAGGAGGACACUCCCGCCAGCUCUCAGGUUGAUGCUGAGGAAGCCAAGCCCAAGAAGUCUCGCGCCAGCAAGAAGAAAACCCCUGCCGCCACUGAAGCCGAUGCAGACAAUGUCGAGAAAAAGCCCACCAAGAAGAGCCCAAAGAAGACCAUCAAGGAAGAGUCUAAUGACCAACAGAAGUCUACCAAAAAGAGUGCAAAGCCGGCCACCAAAAAAGUCACUCCCACGACCACCGGUGAUAGUACCGAAGCCAGCGCUGUUCCUAAGUCUAAGAAGAUUAGCCGCCCUGCCAAGUCCACUGCAUCUGAAGAGAACUUGAUCAAAUCAACCAAGGGUGUUAAGCGCAAGGCUAUCGAGAAGGAAGAGCAGGUGGAAGAAGCGACUGAUCAGGGCCCCAAGCGCCGUGGUAAAUCCUCAAAGCCCCGGGUCGACCCGAAAGAAGACGUGCCAUCUCGCCCGAAGCGAAAUGCACGCAGAAAGGUGGCGGAAGCUACCGAUGAUAGUAACUAA